AUUUCUUUUUUCAAAGAGGAUAACAAUUUAUUUGACCUACAGAAAGUUUUAAAUGUUGAAGGAGAUUGGCCUGGAAAUGUGCUUUUGGGAAGCAACAUGGUCUGAGCCAGACCUCCAGAUACAGCCCAUUCUUUUGGCCAUUCUUGCCCUUUGCUCCUGAUUCUCCAAGCUGUACCCAGAGCUCUCUGGUCCAGCAUGUACCUGGAGGCUGCUUUUGACCAUGUUUUGAGAGUGGCAUGGCUUUAUCUAAUGGGAUGAACCUGGCUAAAGAGAUUAGCAAAACGUCUUGUGGAUCCCACUUUUAAUCUGCAGCAUUCAGGCUGCCCCUUCUUGGCUGGGAAGGGCGCUGAAGAAACAACGCCCAGGACCAGGACUAGCCCCUGCUCAAGCUGUGAUUCUGAGACCCCUGCCACCACUACUGCAUUUGCGGGGAUCCCAGGCUAGGAGGGCUCGACAUGGGCAGCCCCCAGGGCAGCUCCCUACAGCUUGGGCCAUCUGCACUUUUCCCAAGGCCCUAAGUCAUCCGCCUCUGGGCUCGUUAAGGUUUGGGGUGGGAGCUGUGCGGCGGGAAGCAACCCAGACUACACUCGGCAAGCAUGGCGCUACUGAAAGUCAAGUUUGACCAGAAGAAGCGGGUCAAGUUGGCCCAAGGGCUCUGGCUCAUGAACUGGUUCUCUGUGUUGGCUGGUAUCAUCAUCUUCAGCCUAGGACUGUUCCUGAAGAUUGAACUCCGAAAGAGGAGCGAUGUGAUGAAUAAUUCCGAGAGCCAUUUUGUGCCCAACUCAUUGAUAGGGAUGGGGGUGCUAUCCUGUGUCUUCAACUCUCUGGCUGGGAAGAUCUGCUACGACGCCCUGGACCCGGCCAAGUACGCCAGAUGGAAGCCCUGGCUGAAGCCAUACCUGGCUAUCUGUGUCCUCUUCAACAUCGUCCUCUUCCUCGUGGCUCUCUGCUGCUUUCUGCUGCGAGGCUCGCUGGAGAACACCCUGGGCCAAGGGCUCAAGAACGGUAUGAAGUACUACCGGGACACAGACACACCUGGCAGGUGUUUCAUGAAGAAGACCAUCGACAUGCUGCAGAUCGAGUUCAAAUGCUGCGGCAACAAUGGUUUUCGGGACUGGUUUGAGAUUCAGUGGAUCAGCAAUCGCUACCUGGACUUUUCCUCCAAAGAAGUCAAAGAUCGAAUCAAGAGCAACGUGGAUGGGCGGUACCUGGUAGACGGCGUCCCCUUCAGCUGCUGCAAUCCUAGCUCGCCACGGCCCUGCAUCCAGUAUCAGAUCACCAACAACUCAGCACACUACAGUUACGACCACCAGACGGAGGAGCUCAACCUGUGGGUGCGUGGCUGCAGGGCUGCCCUGCUCAGCUACUACAGCAGCCUCAUGAACUCCAUGGGGGUCGUCACUCUCCUCAUUUGGCUCUUCGAGGUGACCAUUACAAUUGGGCUGCGCUAUCUGCAGACGUCACUGGACCGUGUGUCCAACCCCGAGGAACCUGAGAGUGAGAGCGAGGGCUGGCUGCUGGAGAAGAGCGUGCCAGAGACCUGGAAGGCCUUUCUGGAGAGCGUGAAGAAGCUGGGCAAGGGCAACCAGGUGGAAGCCGAGGGCGCAGACGCAGGCCAGGCCCCAGAGGCUGGCUGAGGGCCCUGGGGCCCCUCCCCUCCCGAACACUGAGAAAUAGUGGACUCAAGAAACGCGGAUCUCCCCCUCGUCCAACUCUGAAAGUCUGAAUCUCCCAAGGAGGGCACCAUCUCACAGAGAAUCUCCCUGAUGGUGGAAUUUAAGUUUAGGGUCCCUAAAAGCAUUUGACACACAGUUGUUGAAUGACUGACCCAAAAUGUGAAUGAGCGAGCUCCCUUCAGGCCCGCUGCCCUAGGAUAUGCCCUCUUGGUGACUCAGGGGCUCUCUCAGAUGGCUAGCCCAGGACCCGUCUUUCUCACACGGAUUUAGUCCUACCCUACAGUCACUGGCCGUAUCCGAGGGCUGCUCCCCUUUUAGAAUUUACCUCUUAUGAGCUCCAUGUUGCUUCAUUCUAUAUCCAAAGUGUCACUUGGUGCAUAAGUACAGAAGUUUGAAAAAUGGCCAUGUUGUCUUUUUUUUUUUUUUUUUUAAUGCCAAGGUUGACAGGUUGGCCAUUUGCUUAAUGCCAGAAGUUGGGGGAAAGUUACACUUUUCUAAGAAUAACAGACUCUUAAGGCAUUGAGGGCUCUAAACAGGAUUCUUUAAUCAUGAAGCAAGAGAAUUUCAAGGCAGGAGAUUAUUUCCCCUACCAAAAACACAGUGAAAGGCCUGCUUUUGUGUCCCAUUCACAUGCCCUCAGUCACUGAGUCUGGAGUGAACCAUGGGUUGAGGAAGUCAGGCUGCUGGCGUGUCCCAGCACCACACCACCCCUAAAGUGCCGGGUGAUCUCCUGUGGCUCAUCUGUGGAAGCACUGGGGUAGGCUGCUGCCCUGCUGUGGAAGAGGAGCAACAAUCAGACACGAGUCCACCCUUUGGAGACCAGGCCUCAGCUCUUGGUGGGCCCAGGGACACUCACACAGGUGGCCAUCACAGUCCUAUGGACAACACUAAUUGUCCACAGCAAAGGGCAAGGAAUUCUCUGGGAGCUUCUUCUUCUCCAGAAACACUAUUUCUGGAAUGCUUCUGCAUCUAAGGAGAUGCUUUGAGAUAGCCCAUCUUCCUGAGCUAGCAAAUACAUGAGUUUUCACUUUCUUUGGGAAAGAGAAGCUUUCAGGGGAAGGAAUGAUUUUGCUGACUUCCCAGACCCUGGUGACCAGACCAAGGCGGGGCCCAGCAGAAUUCCGCCAGUUGGAUGAAUAUUCAAGACAGCUCAUUCCUACCUGGCUGGAGACCUCAGCCAGAAGGCAAAAACCAGAAAGGGAACCGUAGAUAAUUUACCUCUGCUUCUGACCGAUGGUGUUUGGGAAUAGGUUACUUUGGACUCAGUUUGGGUUCUUUGCUGUCCUAAGAACUUCAGUGUAGAGAAAAUAAGACUUCUGGUGCUGCCUGGGGUAUGUUCUGGGCUUAAUUCCCCCAAGCAGAAGACCAGAUCCAAGAUGUCAGGACACCCUGUCAGACGUUGGUCCCAAGUUUAAUUAGAUUUCUGAGUCUCAUGGAGGCCAAGGAAUGAUCCCUACUGAAAAAAUGCUGAGCCAGACAUCUUUGGCAAAGGUCCCUGAGCUCUCGCCGUCUCUCAAGAGUGCUGAGAACCAUGGUGAAAAUGCUGCUCUAGGCCCACAAGUGUAACUAUGCUGUUAACAGCUGUCAACAGAUAUUAAAAUUCAUACUGUAUGAAAA